UUCUAUUAAUUCAUUAUGGCUUCAUCUGAAAAGAUUGAGAAGCCCAAUCUCAAAGAUGGAACACAAUCUUUAUCUGGUGAAGAAGUGGUCAUUAGUGGCAUCUCAGGAGUGUUUCCAAAUUCGGAUAGUGUGGUGGAUUUCAUGAACAAUCUUUAUGAUAAGGUUGAUAUGGUAACGAGUGCAGAUAACAAAUGGAAUUUCAAUGAUCCCGACCUACCAAGACACGUUGGACAAAUAAAUGGCAUGGAUAAAUUUGAUGCACAAUUCUUUGGAGUGACCUUCCAGUUAGCAUGUGUAUUAGAACCCAUGGGACGGAAACUUUUGGAACACACAUAUGGAGCGUUUUUAGAUGCAGGUGUAAAUCCACAAGCCAUCCGCGGUAAAAAAGUUGGUGUAUUCAUAGGUACGUCGUAUACAGACCAAAGUACAAAUAUAAUGUACAACGUGAACAGGCGAAGUGACUUCGUCAUCAAUGGGGGCAGCAAGUCCAUGUUAGCUAAUCGUAUAUCUUAUUGGAUAGAUGGUAAAGGUCCAUCCUUUUGCGUGGACUAUGGCUGUGCCGGUUCUUCGGCUUGCCUUGAAAUGGCUUACCGAGCUAUAAAAUCAGGAGAUUGUGAUGCCGCUGUUGUUGGAGGAUGCAGUUAUACUACACAUCCAUGUAUUACACUAAAUAUGAGAAAAGCUGGACUACUAUGUUUGGACGGGAAAACCAAAUGUUUUGACAAAAAUGCCGAUGGCUAUGUGAGGGCAGAUGCUGUCAACGUAUUAUUUUUACAAAAAGCAAAAGACGCUCACAGAAUCUACGCACAAGUUUACCAUGCCAAAGGAAAUUAUCAGUCGAGGCCCGAUGCAGGAUUCCUAUACAAUCGUGCAAGUGAAGAUAUUGAAAACUUCUUUAACGAGUUUUACUCUGAAACUGAUGUUGAGCCAAAGAAAAUUGAAUAUAUUGAAGCGAAUGCUGUUGCACUCCCGGAAGCAGAUGCAGUUGAAUUAAAUGCAAUUGGAAAUACAUUUGCUAAAAACACUACAGUUAAAGUAGGAAGCGUUAAGUCUAAUAUGGGACACAGUGAAGCUGCUUCUGGAGUCGUUGCACUUACUAAGCUUUGUCUAGCGUAUCACAAAGGGAAAUUACCAGCAAACCUGCAUUACAAUGAGCCUCAAGAUCAAAUACCAGCUAUACGUGAUGGAAGGAUCAAAGUUUUAGAUGACCACGCUGACUUUGACAGAGGUUUUACUGCUAUCAACAAUUUUUCAUACGGUGGUGCCAAUUACCAUGUCGUCUUAAAGGGGCAUCAUAAGGAAAAGAACCUUAACAAAUACAAGUCACAAAUCCCACACCUAGUUCUGGCUUCCGGAAGACAGGAGUCGUGCGUGCAAAAGAUUAUAGAUAUCAUGAAGAGUCACCCCAUUGAUCCCGAGGAAAUUGGACUUCUUCACAAAGUUUACGAGCACGACGUGGCUGGACAUACUGGAAGAGGGUAUACGAUACUCGGCCAAAACGAAAACAAUGAGACUAUAAGUAUAGGUGAGAGUGUGGACUAUUAUCCCGGGGUAAAGCGCCCUCUUUGGUUCGUAUACAGCGGAAUGGGAUCCCAAUGGGCGGGGAUGGGAGCUGAUCUUAUGAAGAUACCUGUAUUCGCAGCUGCUAUACACAAAUGUCACAAAGUAUUGGAACCUAAAGGCGUGGAUCUCAUAAGGAUAGUAACAGAGCGAGACAAUUCUAUAUUCGACAAUAUUCUGUACGCGUUCGUUGGCAUUGGAGCAAUACAAAUUGGACUGACUGAUGUCAUUAAGGCAAUGGGAGUUGUUCCUGAUUAUAUAAUUGGUCACAGUUUAGGAGAAAUGGCUUGCGCAUACCACGAUGAUACCUUCACAGCUGAGGAGUUAAUUCUAGCAACGUACAGUCGAGGAAAAGUGUGCUUAGAAACAGAACUUAUUAAGGGAUCCAUGGCUGCUGUCGGUAUAGGAUAUAAUGCGAUCGUUCAUCAAUGUCCUCCAGAAAUCGACAUAGCUUGUCACAACAGCUCUGACUCUACAACUAUAUCAGGCCCAGCGGAGAAAAUGACAGAAUUCGUUGGAGAGCUAACCAAACAGGGAAUAUUUGCCAAGGAGGUCCCUUGUGCCAAUAUUGCGUACCAUUCAAGAUAUAUCGCACAUUGUGGUCCUGAACUACUCAAAAAUUUGCGUGAGAUAAUCAAAAAGCCCAAGAAGCGAAGCAGUAAAUGGAUAUCAACGUCUGUACCACAAAGUCAGUGGGAUGAACCCAACGCCGUGUAUUCUUCGGCGGAAUACCAUACUAACAACUUGUUGAAACCGGUGCUCUUUGAGGAAGCAGGAAAACUGAUACCUGAUAACGCUGUGGUCAUAGAAAUUGCACCUCACGGGCUACUCCAGGCAAUCUUGAAGAGGUCUCAUAGCAAAUGCACACUUAUUCCGCUAACGAGACGAGGUACCAACGACAGUGUGAAAUUCUUAUUAGACGCUAUUGGAAAAAUGUAUCAAGCGGGCAUAAACCCGAAGGUAGAUGCCCUGUACCCGAAGAUUGAAUUCCCAGUGUCAACAACAACGCCACUUCUAUCUCACUACGUCGAGUGGGAACACAGCGAGGACUGGCCACGAUUGACAUUCGAUAAAUUGGAUCACUAUGUUGCCACAUCGCGAGACUUUCCUCUCUCGAUACAUGAUGAUGACUACAAAUUCUUGGAAGGACAUGUAAGAAAUGAUUUGACAGUUCUUCCCGAAUCAGCUUUAUUGGUGCUUGUAUGGGAAACCCUGGCGAUGAGUUUAGGUGUGAACUAUAGGGAACAGUCAGUCAUUUUCAGAAAUAUCACUUUCUACUGCGAAGCUAUCAUCAAUCCUGAUGUUCCUUUGAACCUUACGAUUGCCAUUAAUAGGGGCAGUGAGACAUUUGAGGUCAGCCAAAAUGAUAAACCCAUAGCAAGUGGUGAAGUAAACUUUGUAAAAGUUCUUCAUUACAUCCCGGUAAAGGAAUCACCUAAAGACAUUGAUGAAGAGAUUACAUUGACUAAAGAAGACGUCUACAGGAUAUUACGUUCCAGAGGAUAUUCUUAUAAGGAUAAGUUCCAGUCCAUUCAAUCGACGAAUUUGGACCGAAAUGAAGCUUUAAUUCAAUGGGACAAGAACUGGAUUACUUUCUUAGACUCGUUAAUACAAUUGAAGGCAGUAGCAAGGAAAUAUGACGGAGUGUCGACACCCAAAUUCAUUAGGCAACUAAGAAUCAGUAUGGUGGAGCAAGAAACUUCGAACAUUGAAGAAUUGAAUGGGGUCAGCUGUUAUCCUGCGAAGUAUAAUGAGUUAUUGGGAGUUGUGAGAUGUGCUGGAGUUGAGUUAGUGGGUGUGACAUUCGUAGACAAACCUAUAAUUGAGAACCAACCAGAUGUUUUGGUCUCUAAAGAAUUUUAUCCACAUUAUGCAACAAGCAAUGUCGAUUUGAAAACAGCUCUUCUAUUAAAUCUCCAAGUCGUAGCCGAAAACUCAACUAAAAACUCGAUUCGAGUAACACAGAUCGUGACAUCAAACAAAAACCUAAGUUGUUUGAUUGCUGAGAUAUCUGACAAUGUCCCAAAUGUUCAGAUCGAUGUUGCUUCAGUUAUAGAUGUCGCUGUUCUAGAAGCAGCUAUUGUUCAGAAUACCGAUCCCGAGAAAGCUAAUGUCUUUGUCAUUGAAAAUCUCUUAAUUGAUGAAAAGAAAUUGGAGACUCUACGAAAUCUUUCAAAAGACAGUUUUGUUUUGGCCUUAGAGAAUGAAGUGCCAAAACUUCAAGGAGUUAUGAAGGAGCUUUUCAGCGUUGUAACAUCCAUGUCAGAUGGAAAGCAAAUAUUAAUAUUAUUGAAACGGCAGAAUCCUAAGGAUGUUACUUACAUUUCCGUAAAUUGUGAUAAUAAAUUGGAUUGGGUGUCGCGCGUGUAUGAUGAGCUUAAUAAGACGAAGCGAGUGGUGUUAGUGUCUGAGAGACAGCCAUAUUGUGGGGCCUUAGGUUUUGUCCAGAAAUUGAGAAGCAAUGGAGUGGAGAAUAUAGGGUUGGUUGCUAUUGAUGACUUCCAUGCACCUGAUUUUAGUGCUAAACAUUCUGUGUACAAGAUCCAAUUAGAGAAAAAUCUAGCUGUUAACAUUUUAAAAAAGGGUGAAUGGGGAGGUCUUUACUACAGCCCAGUUUCAACCUCAGCCAAGCUUAAAAAUGUGACACUGACUAGUCAAACUGGUGAUUUGGAUGACCUGACCUGGAUUGAAGCCCCAACUCUUUCCGCCAGUAAAAACGUUGUACAGGUUUCAUACGCAGGAAUUUCAUUAAAGGAUUCAGAGAUAGCAAUCAGUAGUAUUAAAAGGCAAGAAAAACUUGGAAUGGAUUACAGCGGUAUUGAUGCUGAUGGCGAUAGAGUCAUGGGUUUAGUAUCUGGAGGGGCAUUGGGAAGCACCGUAGAGGCUGACCCUGAUUUCCUAUGGCCAGUUCCGGACCAUUGGAGUCUACAAGACGCCGCCACUGUUCCUCUGCCCUACGCUAUUGCCUAUUACUGCUUGACGAUCAAGAGCCAAUUGUUUAAGAAUCAAAGGGUUUACGUGACGGGUGGAGCGGGAGCAUUAGGACAAGCAGUGAUUGCUAUAUGUCUGUCCCUAGACUGUACCGUAUUCACAUCUGUUAGCAGUAUGAGUAAGAAGAAGAUGUUGCUUCGUUUGUUCCCCAAGUUAGACGAAAACAAUAUUUGCCACGCUAGGAACGACUCAUUCUUGAGUAUUCUUAAAAAUAGUGCGAAAAAUAUUGAUUGCGAUUUUGUGAUAAACUGUGCAAGUGGGCCGUUGAGAGAGGUGGCAAUGCACUGCGUUGAUCAUUCCGGAUUAUAUUUGGACCUUGCUUCGUAUGAUAACUAUGAAAACAAAGGUUUUGGAAUGUCCUACUUAGCUAAAGAGCGGUCGUACCUAUGUGUUGAUUUUUCAAGUAUAUUCAGGCCCGAAAACGUUGAAGAAAAGAAGUACCUCCAACGAACAAUCGCCGAGGGGAUUGCAAAAGGCACAGUGAGGCCAAUUAGUCGUGUGGAAUAUUCACCUAUUGAAAUCACAAAGGCCUUCCGACUUCUUUCAUCGAGCAAACACGUGGGAAAAGUUUUAAUAAGAAUGAGGAGUCCGGAGAUUUUGACGCAAGGGUUCAACGUCAUUCCUCGAAUAAGCUAUGAUCCUAAAGGUGUGUAUGUAGUGAUAUGCGACGAAACUGGAUUAGGCGUUGAGUUGGCUGAUAGACUGAUCAAGAAAGGAGCUAGAAAAAUUGUACUGCAUUCAAAAUCUAAAGUCAGUGGGUAUUGGCAGUCUAAAUUUGUAUUGUGGAACGAAAACAAUGUUGCAAUAAAAAUAUCUACGGACAACCUUCAAACACAGCAAGGAUGUACGAAAAUGAUAAUGGAUGCGGCAAAAGUUGGACCUGUUAAAGGAAUAUUUGUUGUUCCUGAUAUUGAGACAAAAACUAAUGAUAAGGCCGAAGAUUUUGUCAUCAAAUACAAUAAGACCGUUAACGCAGUUAUUAACUUGAGUAUGACGUCUAAAACCUAUUGCAAUGAUCUAAGUCACUUCGUCAUCGUAGCCACUCCUUCAAAUAGCGCGAGCAGCGAAUUCGUUUUCUCAGUAUUAGAAAAAAUAUUAAAAGGAAGAUCUGAAACUGGUUUCCCAGCACUAUUUGUGCGUACUGCUCUUCAAAAACCAAAUCCAGAAGAAAUACUAAACCGUAGUUCGCUGUCGGUUCUUUUCAAUGCAAUGGAGACCAGUUUGAAAUUAAAAUACAAGAACGUUUUGUUCUACAACCUAAAGAAACACAACGACAGGGACUACUUGAAGAAGCUUGCUAAUAUUUUAGGUGUAACAAAUAUCAACAAAUACCUGGAUUAUUCUGUUGAUCGAAUGCUCAAUGAAGUGAACUUGGAAGAGAUACAAACCCUUAUCAGGAACUCAUAUGAAAUCGACUUCCCUACAGACAAAAUCCAACGAAUGACCGUCGAAAGCCUCAUAAAAGUAGGAGAAAGCAGAACAAAGAUACCCCAGGCUGUCAGUGGUUUAGCUACUUUCUACUCAACUAUUGACGAUGAAGAAGAUAUCAUCACAGCGCACACUAUAAUUCCAAUGAAAACUCUAGUGAACCCAGGAGCUGAGACUGACUUGGAUCCCAACGAAACGUAUGUGACCCUGAUACCUGGCUUCGAAGGGCGAUACCAAAUAUUUAAUUCGGCUGCAGAGGGAUUGAAGGCCCAAGCUGUAGCUGUUCAGAUGCCCGCAGACUUUGAGGGCAAUAGCAUACCCGAAAUAGCUGCGGAAAUACGUAAAUUUAUGAAGACCAAGUUUGAGACGAAAUCCAAGUUUUACCUACUGGGGUAUUCGUUUGGAGUCAAUAUUGCCUUGGAACUGGCAGCACUCUUGGAGAAAGAAGGACACAUUGGAGUCGUGUAUUGUUUGGACAGCAGCCCUGAUGCAUUGAAAAUACAACUGAAGUCACAUUUAGGGGACUUGACUCAUUCAGAACUGGAGAGCGUUGUUCUCAAUCAUGUGUAUGAGCUUAUAGCUGGUCAGGCUUCAGAGGAACUGCAACAAUAUUUGAGCCAAGAAAAUGAUUGGUCGAGUAAAGUGAACGCUUGUAUUUACAAACUGAGAGGACUCACCAACUAUUCGCACCAGUACAAACUAUCGUUACUCAAUUCGACGUUAAAUAAGAUCCUGUUAGCGAAGGAUUACAAGCCUGAGAUCAAACUCGAGUCAGAAAUUGUUCUCAUUAGGGGCGUUCCUCAUCCGAAAUCUGAGGAUCUCGGUGAAGAUUACAACUUAUCGAAGUACUCCACACAACCCGUGAAGAUUUUCAGUAUAACUGCUGACCACUCUUCAGCACCUUACGAUUCCAGAGUAACCAACAUUGUCAACAAAAUGUUAGAUUCAUCUCUUAUUGAAGAAUUUAAAAAGAAGAACCUCUGUUAUACUUACGAAUUAAAUUAAGUUUUAUUUAUAGCGACAUACUUUAAGAUACGGCCAUAAAUAAAUUAUUAAAAACAA